CGGGCACCCAAGCAUGGACCUCCUGCUCUGCAGAGCCAGCAAACCCACCACAGUAUCCUCUGAGGCCAGGGGACAAGAAGGAACAUGCAUAACCCUUCAGGAACUCUGGCUGGGCACAUUGCUGAGAACCUUCUCAAAGCCAAAGAAUUAGCCCUCAAUGACUCUCGUGUACCUGAACAGCUCAGAAAUUACUUACAAAAAGCUCUUGAUGUUGCUCUUGGGCUAGACCCUUACCUGGAUGCAAUGGCAGCUCCCAAGAGAAAAACUUCACCUGAGCACAUCCCAGGGGAUGCUGAAGGAGCUGAAAGUAGAGUCAGGCUGCAGGAAGCAAGUGCCUCUGGCUCACUGAAUGGCAAGCCAAAUUUUAAGGAUGUUUGUCCAUAUGAUCAGAGCCAGGAGGAUUUUAUUAAUUGGCAAUCCUAAAGGUUACAGUAUCCCUGCUAUUGCAAAGGAAUUGCCGGGCAAUGGUAAAAUCUUUUUUUGUGCAGAAGUGCCUUAUCUUGGAGUGAACAGCCAGGAAGAAUUUGAUUAUUUCUCAGAUGGCAAAAAGAUAAGCAUGAGAGUGGGACCAGUGGCAGACACCUUGAAGGCAUUACAUGCUGAGGACGAGCACUUUGAUAUAGUCUUUAUUGAUGCUGAUCAAAGGAAUGCUGUUCAGUACUACAGCUUUGUCAUGGAUAACCACUUGCUGAGCAUGGAUGCAGUGAUCUGUGUAGAGAAUACACUCAUGAAAGGACAAGUCUACCUGGAGAAUGUAUCAGAUGAAAAUGUACUAGCUGUCAGAAAAUUAAAUUCAGUGAUUAAUUCAGAUCCUCGUGUUGAGCAGGUGAUUUUGCCUGUGCAGAGUGGACUGAGCCUCAUUCGAAGGAGCCCUGUGCCUCUAGAUACAGUGGUUGAAUCCAAGACAGAAGUGGUGAAGGAUGAUGUCUUCUGGGGCUGCAACCAGCAGCGCAUCCUGGAGCGGCUGCGUCUGGAUGGCAGGGUGGCCUAUGUCACAGGAGGAGGGCAGGGAAUUGGCAGAGCCUUUGCCCAUGCUCUGGGGGAAGCUGGGGCUAAAGUAGCUGUGGUGGAUCUGGUCCUUGCCAAGGCAGAAAUGGUGGCGUGUGAGCUCAGCCUCAAAGGCAUUAAAAGCCUUGCCCUGGCAGCAGAUGUAAGCAAGCCUGAGGAUGUGCAAAGGAUGGUGGAUGCAAUUGUGGCUCGCUGGGGCACAGUCCACAUUGCAUGCAACAAUGCAGGAAUCAAUCUGAACUCUGCAAGUGAAGAGACUACCCUGGAGGAAUGGGACAAAACUUUUAAUGUUAAUUUGCGAGGAUUGUUCUUGUGCUGCCAAGCUGCAGGCCGCAUUAUGCUGAAUCAAGGAUAUGGGAAGAUAAUUAACACAGCAUCUAUGGCAAGUUUAAUAGUCCCUCACCCACAGAAGCAGUUGGCGUACAACGCUUCCAAAGCCGGGGUCGUAAAAUUAACACAGACAUUGGGAACCGAGUGGAUUGACAGAGGAGUAAAAGUCAACUGCAUUUCCCCGGGCAUCGUGGACACACCGCUGAUCCGCUCGCAGGAGCUGCGGCCGCUGGUGCGGCGCUGGCUGGCCACCAUUCCAGCUGGGAGGCUGGCCCAGCCCACUGACCUGCAGGCUGCUGUUGUCUACCUGGCCUCCGAAGCCUCGGACUACAUGACGGGCCACAACCUGGUCAUCGAGGGUGGCCAGAGCCUGUGGUGAGAGUCCUGAAGUCUCCCCUCUCGUGAGCUUUGGAAAGUGCGUAUUAGAGUCAAGCCUGGUCCCAGCUUUGGCUUGUGUGACGACGUGGCCAGCUAAUACAACAUUAUUGUUGUCUUCUUUUGGGUGUUAAUUUGGAGACUGGUAUAUUGCAUAGGAAAUAUAAGGCAAGAAAAAGAGCGAUCUUUCUAUUUUCUAGUAUUUUCGUGUUUUUCACUGCGUAGUCACAUUUCUGUUAAAUUAGUAUUUAAUGAUAUAAAAGUACAUUUACUGCAGUGAGAUUUGGCUAUUAUUUAAGUUUAACAGGGGGCAUUUUUAAAGCAAUCAAUAUUAGCUGGUCCGUGUAGUUUAUUGUUCUUAAGCAAUUUUUUUGUAUUCAAGUUGUUCCAGUGACAUCUG